AGCGUGGAGACAAAGUUGUUUGUGCUGUUAUGAAUAUAUGAAUAUUCAGUCUAAAUAUUUGAAUUCUGUCACUUAGAAAAAGCUGUUUAGCGUUGACUCUCUUGAGUUUGAGAUGUUGCUUCCAGUGCUUGGUUAUAAUAAUUUAACUUGCUCCAAAAUAAUCAGUUUAUUCCAUAUUCGCUGAAUUGGGUUCAGUCUCACAGAGUUGCUGCAGUUGUCCUACACAGGCAAACUUAUGUGACAGACCUUACUUGGUAUUAACAGGGUCUGUGCAGGUAAAAAGUGCAGGUUUGGGUGCAGCUCUGUAGCACUGAUUUUUCAUGCUUUUGGUUUCAGCAGUCUGAGGAGUUGGUGCUUCUAACACUCCCAGCUUUUUAUCUUGGUAAUGAAAAGAGGAAGUGGACCAGAUGGGAUCAAAUCGAGCUGAUGUCUGUGUUGUUCUCACAGUCACUGCUCCUGGAGGAUCUCAUCAGUCUUUGAAUGUGCAGGAGUGUGGCUGUUCUGGUCAGUGUCUGCCAACAGAGGCUGUUCCUGGCAGGGGAGCAUCUGAGUUAUUGCAAGUAAACACUGGGAAGAUGUUCUGUACUGCAUUGCAGGGCAUGAAACUGCUUAUUUCCACCCUCCUCCUCCCUGUUCCACUCCAUCUUGGUGGCACACUGGUGUGUUCACACAGAUCUGGUCUCUGCUAUCUCACCUGAUUAGCAAGUCAUUGCAAAUACAAUCAUUCACUCCCCCAGCUUUCCUGAAGUGUGGGGGGAGUGCUUGUGAAAUUCUCCAUUCCUGGAUGCUGCUGUUAGGGUUUGUCCUGGCACCCAGGCAGGAGGAUUUCUCUCUCAAACUGCAUAUGUCUGAAUGAAUCAUCAUGCAGAGCUUUUAAAUCAUUUGUCCAGACAGCGGAAAGUGCUGCUACUGCUGCUGGCAGUAGUACUUGGGAAUGGUGGUUAGACCGAGACCAUGAGGAAUGUUCAAAUUCUACUGUAAAGUUGCUUUGGUAUGGUUGAGGAGUACAAAGAAAUACUUGAAUUGCAGGCUAUUGUUGAUUUGUAAAAAUCUGUUUUCUUCUUAGGGGGCUUCCUUGAACCAGAUAGUCUUCACUGAUUUUAUUUUUGAAUAAAUGAUAAACAGUUGGAGUUAAUACUUGACAUCUUGUUUCUCUUAAUUCAUCCCAGGCCCUCUGGGUGUGGGUGCAAAAGCUAUGAGAGAGGGACUGUAUUGAAGAUUUCCUUCUCUGUGGCACCAUUCAGCACCCCAGAUUUCUGUGAUCUUCUGUGGCUUUACAGAGGUGCCUGAUGCUGGUUUAGCUGCAAACCAUGAUUUGGUGUGUGAAAUUGAGGUUUUGGGUUUCAUAUUUUGUUAAUGUGGACACCAUUGCAGCUACAUGUCUUUUUCCGUAGUGAUCCCAAGCAUGUAUGCUUUUAUCCUUUCUGUAAAAAUAACAGGCUUCAUUCUGAAUUUGGAACUGCCUGAUGCAUUUAAUGCAUCUUCUGUUACAGCCCUUGCUUGUGCUUUAACUUCUUUAAAUAUUCUGUCACUGAGUCAAUGCAAGAAAUUCUCACACGGGUAAAACUUCCUGCAGGCAUUGAAUUUAGUCACAGCUCUUCUAAACUGGAAGAACAUGAACUUAAUUUCUUUUGGCUGAGGGUUAAUGACAUAUGGAACAACACAUUUUAACAGCCACCUAGUUAUGGCUGUCUAUGUGCAUCUAUAGCUCAACUGUUUCAUUGCUAAUUUAACUUCAUGUUUAUGUGUGUUUUCAGCCCACAUACAUUCCUAUGCUUGCACAUGUGUGCAUCUUUCUUCAUCAUAGAUAAGAAUAUAGAAUCAUAGAAUGGGAAGGAACCUGUAAGGAUCACGGUGUCCAGCGCUCCAAGCAAUCUAUUCAUGUUUCUGUGUGUCUCGAGCGAAACCUGCAGCAGAGAUGGACACGGACGGCUUUGGAGAGCUGCUGCAGCAGGCAGAGCAGCUGGCAGCCGAGACGGAGGGGAUCUCGGAGCUGCCGCACGUGGAACGGAACCUGCAGGAGAUCCAGCAGGCCGGGGAGCGCCUGCGCUCCCGCACCCUGACCCGCACCUCGCAGGAGACCGCCGACGUCAAGGCAUCGGUCCUUCUUGGGUCUAGAGGGCUUGAUAUAUCCCACAUUUCUCAGAGACUUGAGAGUCUAAGUGCAGCCACUACAUUUGAGCCUCUUGAACCUGUGAAGGACACUGACAUCCAGGGAUUCCUGAAGAAUGAAAAAGAUAAUGCAUUGCUGUCUGCCAUUGAAGAGUCUAGGAGGAGGACUUUUGCCAUGGCUGAGGAGUAUCACCGAGAAUCAAUGCUGGUUGAAUGGGAACAGGUGAAACAAAGGAUUCUUCAUUCUCUGCUUGCAUCAGGGGAAGAUGCUCUUGAUUUCACCCAGGAGAAUGAGCCCAGCUAUGUUGGGGAGGUGGGUCCUCCAGGUCGCAGCUCCAUGGACAGUGUGGAGAUGGCCUAUGCUCGUCAGAUUUAUAUUUAUAAUGAGAAGAUAGUGAAUGGACAUCUGCAGCCUAACCUGGUGGACCUCUGUGCUGCUACUGCAGGCCUGGAUGAUAAGAACAUCUCUGAGAUGUGGGCCAUGGUGAAACAAAUGACCGAUGUCACUCUGGUUCCUGCCAGCGAUGCCCUGAAAGUCAGGACCAACAUGGAGGUGCGCAUGGAGUUUGUGAGGCACGCUCUGCACUACCUGGAGGAAAGUUACAAAAAUUACACUUUUGUGACAGUCUUUGGAAACUUGCACCAGGCUCAGCUGGGUGGAGUCCCAGGCACGUACCAGCUGGUCCGCAGCUUCCUGAACAUCAAACUCCCAGCAUCAGUCCCUGGUCUGCAGGAUGGUGAGGUGGAGGGCCAUCCAGUGUGGGCACUGAUUUAUUACUGCAUGCGCUGUGGAGAUCUGACUGCAGCCAUGCACGUGGUGAAACGGGCACAGCACCAGCUGGGAGAGUUCAAAACCUGGUUCCAGGAGUACAUGCACAGUAAAGACAGAAGACUGUCUCCUGCCACAGAGAAUAAACUGCGUCUUCAUUACAGACGAGCUCUGAGGAACAACACUGACCCCUACAAGAGGGCUGUUUAUUGUAUCAUUGGCCGUUGUGACAUUACAGACAACCAGAGUGAAGUUGCUGAUAAAACAGAAGAUUAUCUUUGGCUAAAACUGAACCAAGUGUGUUUUGAUGACGGCGGCACGAGCUCCCCACAGGACCGGCUAACGUUAUCACAGUUCCAGAAGCAGCUGCUGGAAGACUAUGGUGAAUCACAUUUUGCAGUGAACCAGCCACCGUUCCUCUACUUCCAAGUGUUGUUCUUGACAGCACAGUUUGAAGCUGCAAUUGCUUUUCUUUUCCGGACAGAGCGCUUGCGCUGUCACGCUGUUCAUGUUGCUUUGGUCCUGUUUGAGUUAAAAUUGCUCCUGAAAGCAUCUGGGCAGAGUGCACAGCUAUUAAGCCAUGAAGCUGGUGACCCUCCUGGUGUCAGACGUUUAAAUUUUGUGCGGCUUUUGAUGCUUUACACUCGUAAGUUUGAAUCAACAGAUCCAAGGGAAGCUCUGCAGUACUUUUACUUUCUCAGGAACGAGAAGGACAGCCAAGGAGAGAGCAUGUUCUUGCGUUGCGUCAGUGAAAUAGUCAUUGAAAGCAGAGAGUUUGACAUGAUUCUUGGAAAGCUGGAAAAGGAUGGUAGUAGGAAGCCUGGAGUGAUAGACAAGUUUACAAGUGACACAAAAUCCAUUAUUAACAAAGUGGCUUCUGCAGCAGAAAAUAAAGGAUUGUUUGAAGAAGCUGCAAAACUCUAUGACCUUGCAAAGAACCCUGACAAAGUUUUAGAACUGAUGAACAAGCUCAUUAGUCCAGUUGUUCCCCAGAUCAGCACUCCCCAGUCAAACAAGGAGCGUUUGAAGAACAUGGCUCAUUCCAUUGCUGAGAGGUACAAAGCGCAGGGGAUAAGUGCAAAGAAGUCCAUUGACUCCACAUUCUACCUUCUGCUAGACUUAAUCACAUUUUUUGAUGAAUAUCACGCUGGUCACGUUGACAGGGCCUUUGAUAUUAUUGAACGCCUGAAGCUUGUACCUCUUAGCCAAGAUUGCGUCAAGGAGAGAGUCGCUGCCUUCCGGAAUUUCAGCGAUGAAAUCAAACACAAUUUAUCUGAGGUCCUGCUUGCGACCAUGAAUAUUUUAUUCACCAAGUAUAAGAGGAUGAAAGGCACAAGCCCAACCACUCCUGCCAGACCCCAGCGGGUAAUGGAAGACAGAGAUUCGCAACUUCAGUCUCAAGCUCGGGCACUGAUAAUGUUUGCUGGGAUGAUCCCAUACAGAACAUCAGGAGACACGAAUGCAAGACUGGUGCAAAUGGAGAUCCUUAUGAAUUAGCAGAGCAGCUUUGGCUGGGGUGCAGCAGCCUGUGCCUGUCUUUAGUACGUUCAGAGGGCCCAUGGGACCAGUGUCAUUUUGUAUUCUGUAUUUUUGUUGACAGAAAUAAAUUUCUUUGGUUUUGA